UGGAACAAAUGGUUUGGAGAUUACAGCUGGGUGCAAUGCUUGGAGUCUUUGGAGGAGUUUCUACAUCACCGGAAGAGAAAUGAUUCCGCACAAUGCUACCACUGGAAUGAACAUUUCCACCUAUAGAACAAUUGAAGAAUUCAUUCUCCUUGGGUUGACCAGUCAGAAAGAUAUUCAGAUAGUGUUAUUUGUUGUAUUUUUAUCUUCAUACGUCAUAUCACUAACUGGUAACAUAGUCAUUAUGAUUCUCAGUAGGAUAAGUUGCCGGCUUCACACGCCUAUGUAUUUCUUCUUAAGAAAUCUGUCAUUUUUGGAUAUCUGGUACACCUCAAGUAUUGUUCCAGAAAUGCUUAUUCAUUUUCUGUCAGUGAGAAAAAGCAUAUCUUUUCACGGUUGUGUCGCUCAGAUGUUUAUUCAUCUCUCUCUAGGAGGGACUGAGUGCUACCUCCUGUUAUCAAUGGCCUAUGACCGGUAUGUAGCUAUAUGUGCCCCAUUACACUACACUAAUAUUAUACAUCCUGCAUUGUGUAUUAAGAUGGCGACUGGUUCCUGGAUUGGAGGCAUAGUAAACUCAAUUGUACACACAGUCUUUGCAUUGCAAUUGCCCUAUUGUGGUCCCAAUGUAAUAAAUCACUUUUUUUGUGAGAUUCCUUCAGUUUUAGAGUUGGCAUGUGCAGAUACUUCUCUCAAUAAGACUGUUAUUUUCUUCUUUGCUAUGUUGGUGGUGAUGGGUCCAUUUUUCCUUAUCCUCAUUACAUAUGGUUACAUCAUUUCCAGCAUACUGAAGAUAAGUACAUCUCUAGGGCGGAGAAAGGCCUUCUCCACCUGUGCUUCCCACAUUAUUGUUGUAUCCUUGUUUUAUGGCACCAUCAUCUUCAUGUACAUGAGACCAGGAUCAACCCAUGUAGCCAACCAAGACAAAAUGGCCACCUUGUUCUACAGUGUUAUAACACCAAUGCUGAAUCCUUUGAUAUAUACUUUGAGAAACAAGGAUGUGAUAGGAGCAUUGGUGGACAUCACAAGAAAAUAG